CAACCUGGCUCAUGUGCCUGGUGGUCCUGGACCCAGCGCCAUGUUUUCUUGCUGUUUGGACAUGUUUCCCCACAGUGGCCCAAAAAGAGGUCCCCAAAACGCAUGUUGCACUCUGCUGAAAGGCAUGAAGUGCCUGUGUCGACCUCUCAGGCCAGAAGCUAACACUGCCCCUGAGAAGGUGCUCUGUGUCCAGGAAACUGAGGAGGCCCAGGGAGUGCAUUUCAGCCACUGGCCUCCCUCAGCUCAGUGUGGGAUCCCACUCAGCGUAGAGCGCAGUUUGAAGCACACCCGCAACAUUGAGCUUGUCACACAUGUCCAUAGGAACUGGCUGGAGUACAUAAAGCCCAUGAUGGAGCUGCACGAGGCAUCUUCUCCAGGAGUUCAGCAGGGCUCCGCUGUAGCCCAGGGGACAGGUCUGGAGCCCGGCCAAUUUAUCGAUUGGACGCCAACAGUCACCAGGGGUCCUGAAGGGACAGGAGAAUCUGCUCCUGCAUAUGCGGUUCUAGAGCAACAGGAGAGCCCAGCAGGCCUGCUGGGUCAGGAGGAAAAAGCCCAGGAUGAUCCUGGCAGCUCUGGGGCCACCGAAUACAUAAAGCCCGUGGAGGAUUUGCUGGAGAGUGAGUGGCCUAGGCUGGUGCCCUGGCUUGACUGGGAGGGGUAGGGUCAGGGGCCAUGGGAGGAGACCACACGGGCUGGAUUUGGACCCUAAGAAGUAUGACCUGGGACUUAUAGUUGCCAAAUGUGGGGAAUGAGACCCCCAAGGGCCCACUCUCCUGGGCUGGUCUCCUGUGAGGGCUCUAGCAUGUGGUGUGUUGCAAAGUCUGGUGUGUGUAUUUUUUAUCAUUAUUUAAAUGGUGGCCAAAUUUCAUAUAAAACUAAGGUUUUAUUCAGUUUAAGAAUGAGAAUUUGUUAAAUAAUAUCACUUUCUCUAAAAAUCAUUGAGCUUGCAGGUUUACUUUUUGCUUCUUAUUAUAAGAAAACCAAAAUUUAAUGACAUCGCACCAAAAAAAAUUAAGGCAAUUAAAAUAUGUGUUUCUGUAUGAGUUAUCCAGGAUAAUAGUGGGGUCCCCAGGAAAAGGGGAAGUUCCAGGUUCCCUGCCCCACCUAAAGGAGGGUGGAGCUGAGCAGGGAGAGAAGAAGCUGCAGAGGAUUCUGAGGAAGCAGGAUGGAGCCAGGAGACCCCGAGGAGGCACAUGGAGCCAUGUGAAGAAACUGCGCUUGCCUUUUAGUUGUGGACUGGGUGACACAGAUGUGGGUGAGAGACCCGUGGGGAGGUGACAUUGGUGGUUUUUGUCUUUAUUUUGAUUUUGUUCUUUUCCUCCCAAACUUGUCUGGUUGUUUCUGAACCUUUUCUGUGGGUCCCCACUGGAAGGUGCUUUGGACUUGGGACAGGCUUUGGGGCCUUGCUCUAGGCCAAUCCUGUUUGGGUGGAAUUUUUCCCACGAGGGGACAGGUAACUUUGGGUGCUUGAUUUAGAAACUAUAUUCUUUACCUUUCCUGCAUUGUUUACUAACUGUAUUAACGUUCCUUUUCAUUAAAAUCUCAUGUUUUAUGUUGAUGCAGCGGAUGGCAGAACCCAUUUAGAGCAGGCAGGUUUGUGGUGUCUGAGCUGCCCUUCUCCCUGACCUCUAACAGAUUCUUUCUCAUUUCUCUAUUGUUUACUAAUUGUGUUAAAGUUCCUUUCCAUUAACAUCUUUAAUGUUUUGUGUUGAUGGGGUAGAUGGCAGAACCUAUUUAGAGGAAGCAGCUUUAGGGAUUCUGGGGUGCCCCUCUCCCUACCCUGUAGUAGACUGACUACAUACACCUCCUGGAUGACAAGUGACAGGGCCCAAGGACGUCGCCAGUUCCCCAGCAAUGUGAUCUCUGUGGUUGAGCCUAGGGUAACCCUGGAUGUCACAGGUAAGAUACUAAUUUUCUGAUUGCUACGGGAGCCACUUACUCUGUAGUCACCCAGCAUUCGGGACCCAACUUCCUCUCCUCACAAAAUAUAAUAGGAAUGGCUUUGAUGGAAGACAGAAUAGAAAGACUGGAAAGGAGGUACCCUGACACCAGAACCUGACUCACAAGGAGGUGGGGAUAGAGGGUAAUAACAUGACCAUUAACUCAGCUGUAGAGGUCGUGACCCUUAGGCACCAGGGCCUCAUCAUAAGGCAUGAGACCCAAGCAGGAUCAGAUGCUCUAGGGAGUGGAGCACAGGCCUGAGGGGAAAGAUUUGGAGAUUGGGCCCAUCCUGGAAUCUCCACUCCCCAUCCUGGUAUCUCCGGACCCUCUUGGAUUCUGCGUGGUUAUCCAAAAUCAGCAACCAACUGAUGGCUCAUGUAGAGGCCAGGAACAGACACGGUACAGGUUUUCUGAUCCCAUGCAGACCGGGUAAAGGAGGAGUCAGAGGCCUCAGUGUGUUUUUUUUUUUUUUGGGCAGGUCUUUUAUUGAGAUUACCAGGUACACAACAGGCAGGGGUGCUGGGGGGCCGGGAGGCUGGCAGGCCUCCCAGCCCCCAGCAAAUCCGCACUCUCUCUGGGCUCUCUGGCGUUCUCUGCUUCUGUUUUGACUUCUCCUUCAGGUUCUGCUGGUUCUGCUGCUGCUGCUGCUACUGGUGCUGCUGCUGCUGCUAGUGGCAUCCCCCCACCCCCGUGACGCCGCCCUUAAAAGCACAGUCUUAGCUCAGCUGACUCCCAUCUACCUAUGCCCACACCCUAUUCCAGGUGCCCGCCAUCAGGCAUGCAUUCAGGACAAGGAUCCAUCAUCUAUCCUGAUGGCGGAAGGGCAGAAAAGCCUGAUAUUUUCUUUACCCUACAGCUCACAAGGAGUGACCCCCCGCAAACAGAAGAGGACUGUGUCUGUAAAGUCUCUGCACUGGCUCGGGGCAGCACUCCCUCUGCCCACCUGGGACUGUGUAGGUUCCUCUUCUUACCAACUCCCUCCCUCUGCAGGGCAGCAGCUUCCUGCCUGCCUGUGACCUGUCA